CGCAGUCAUCCCUCGCGAGAAACCCCGCAUCGUGUGCGUGAUAUAACAUAAGCAAUAUUUGGGAACGCCAGAUUGGAGGUAACAUUAUCCCCGCACCUGGCGACGGUGAUUGCGGCGACUUGAUCUUUCCCUGAUCGUGAUGCGGACAUGGCGGCGGAAUAAUCCGGGAAUCUGGUCACUUAUCCCGGGAACAGGCGUCCAGGAUGCCGCAUCCGCUGAUCCAAACGACGCGGGCUGCGGAUAAUCCGCGGACACCCUACCAGCUCUUCUCCCAUGCUGUCUUUAUGGACUACUGCCUGCCCAGCGCCCGCAGCCGGACAGGACGGCGGAAUGCGUCCUCCCUGACAAAUCCCUCGCCAGCGAGCGGAGCGGAAACAGCACGCCUGCCAACAUGUCCCCUCAUCGAUCUCCUCACCGCCGCCUCCCUCUCCUCCCCCGGACCGUCCUCCGGCUGGCUGUUACUCUUCGUGUACAGCGCCUGCCUGUGCCUCGGCACGCGGCUGGUUCUAGCGUUUGACUGCGAUUUUAUCCGCGUCAGCAGUGAAGACGGGAUGAAGAACGGGUCCUUCACGGCGCCGCUGAUCAACGGGCAUCCCAUCCCGCCGCAGGGCAUCCAGUGCAUCUACACGUUUAUCGCGCUCCCGCAUGAACGCGUCAAACUGACGUUCCGGGAUUUCCAUCUGGCCGGGCGGCCGCCGGAGUGCUUCCACGAGUACGUUGAUUUAUACACAGAACUACGCAAUGCAUCGGAAGACCUGGUUCAAACCGAUAAAUUCGGGGGAAGGUUCUGCGGACGCAUCCCACCGCGGACGCGCGUUUCGUUGCACAACACGAUUGUGGUAGUUUUUUCCUCGGACAGGAAUUUAUCGCAGCACGUGUUUACGGGGACCUACGAAUUUAUCAACGGGUCCAUGUACGAGCUGGGUACGCGCAGUCAGCCGGGUUGUGAUUUUGUGAUUAAAAGCUGGGUUAACCGCCUCGGGGAGGUGUUUACGCCGACGUAUCCCGGGGUGUAUCCGCAGCGGAUUAUGUGCACGUACCAGUUAAUGGGGCAGCGUGGACAGCGGGUGCGCAUCGAGUUUAUGGAUUUUGAUGUGUUUUUCGGCGGGUCGCAUUGUCCGUAUGACCGGCUGACUAUAUACGAUGGGCCUACGGAACAGGACCCGAUUAUCGAUGCGUACUGCGGGCCGCGGCGGAACCUGGUGGUGUUUUCUUCGCAGGAGAACCUCUUUAUCUCCUUCAUCACCAAUCGCUCCGGCGGGGAGAACCGCGGCUUCCACGCGCUCUUCGAAUUCUCGGAGCUCUUCGUCAAUCUGGAGUUCAUCAGCGGUGAGCAUCUCCGCGGGACGGAGUGCGAUCAGCGCAUCCUCAGCCACGGCCGCAACACCGGCAUCAUCAAGUCGCCCAACUCCCCCUUCCCCUACCUGCCCAACGUGGACUGCCGCUACGUCAUCGAGGGCCUGAACAACGCCGACGACCUGGAGCGCGUCAUUCUCAACGUGGAGAUGUUCCACAUGCCGCAGCCGCUGGGCGCCGCGAAGGGCGACUGCUCGGCCGGCGGCCUCAUGCUGUGGCUGGAGGGGCGGGAGGGCGGGGAGACGCGGACGCUGUGCGGGACGCAUGCGCCCAAGGAGGCCAUCGUCUCCAAGGAUUCCAAAUUAGUGCUCAAGUUUUAUUCUGGCUCAACGCAGGGUCUGGGUUUCACGAUCCGCUAUCAGUUCGAGACAUUCUUCGCCGUGCCCGGCACGCCACACCCCAUCAGCACCACCUGUGAAUUCCGCUACCGUAGCGCCGCCAAGAAAGAGGGCGAAUUCCGCUCACCCCGGCAUCCCAGCAAUUAUCCGUCCAACACCAACUGCACUUAUAUCUUCGAAGGUGAAGAGAACGAACAGGCUCACAUUGAGUUCGACCACUUCAAGCUGUCGGACGGGAACGGGACGUACGCCUUAACCUGUGAUAGGCAGGACUAUGUGGAUCUCUAUGAGCUCCUGCCGGCGGAGAUGGACAGCCGCGGCUACCGCGAGAUCGGGCGCUACUGCGGCGCGGCAGGCCCGGCGCCGGUCAAGAGCCGGUACGGCGUCCGUAGUCUUAAGAUGCACUUUGUCACCAACGCCGCCGGCGUGACUAACGGCUUCCGUGGCCGCUAUUGGUUCGCGCGCCAGAUACCGACGUUCCAUCCGGAUCGCCUGUGCGGCAACAUCACCAACGGGACGCACGGGACCAUCGAAUCGCCCAAUUACGACGGAAAAGGCAAUAAAUAUCCGACGAACUCGGAUUGCGAGUGGCACAUCCACGUGCGUCCCGGCCACAGCGUCCUGAUCAACAUCACGGACUUCAGUCUGGAGGGCGACCAGAAGUCGGACAAGCCCAGCGGCUGCAUGGGCGCGGCCCUGAAGAUCUACACGGAUCUGGACAAGUACCCGGUGGAGGUGUGCGGCGAGGCGCUGGCCGACGUCAGCUACCACUCGCACGGCAGCCAGAUGAAGCUGCUCUUCACCAGCGCCAAGCAGGCCACCGGCAGCCGCGGCUUUGCGCUGACCUGGAACGAGUUCCACUACCCCCGCACCGGCAUCGGCUCCGGCUGCGAGGAGGCCGAGUUCUACUGUCCGAAGCACAGCUACUGCAUCAGCAGUCAGCGCGUCUGCGACCAAGUCUACCACUGCGGCCUGGGCGACGCCGCCGACGAGAGCGCCGAGCUGUGCGGCACGGCCAGCGAAGCCUGGAUGGGCCUGACACAACCCACGCUGGGGGCCGUCGUGGGGGCGGUUGUGGGGGGCGUGGUGGUGGCCGUGGUGGUGGCGGUGUGCCUGCUGCGGCGCAACGCGGUGCGACGGCGCAAACGCCAGAUGGAGCAGCGCCAGGGAGCCGACUGGAGCUCGUAGAAUGGAUCCCGGAUGGCCUCUCCGCCUUUCUCAUGACCAUUUGCAAUCAAAUUUAACGCGCUGUGUUCAUUUGGUUUUCUGGUGCAAUACGUAGAGACAGAGAGCUGUAAUUUAUUAUCGGUUUUUCACUGGUACGCCUUACCAAUAAAACUGGAAUAGUCG